AUGGCUGAGCCAACCCCCGGCCUCACUCCCGAGCAACUCUCGGCCUUCCAAAGGGACGGCUACCUCAUAAUCCGCAACGCCCUCAAGCCAGAAACCGUCUCAUCGCUCCUCGGCGAAACCAAGGGCUUGCUCGAGGGCUUCUCCCUCAAGGACCACCCGCUGACUCGCUUCUCCACAGGCGAGAAGACGGACCACGUGGGCGACGACUACUUCCUGACGUCGGGCGACAAGAUCCGCUUCUUCUUCGAGGAGGACGCCUUUGACGACGCGGGCAACCUGACCAAGCCCAAGGAGCGCGCCGUCAACAAGAUCGGGCACGGCCUGCACGUGCGCUCGCCGCCGUUUGCGCGGCUCAUUGACGAGGCGGCGACGAGGGCCGCGGGCGAGGUCAGCCCGGCGGCCGUGGCGCGCGACCUCGGGUUCAGGGACGCGCGGUGCCUGCAGAGCAUGGUGAUUUGCAAGCAGCCCGAGAUUGGGGGCGCGGUGCCGCCGCACCAGGACUCGACGUUUCUGUAUACGAGCGCGCCGUCGGCCGUGGGGUUUUGGUAUGCGCUCGAGGACGCGACGCUGGAGAACGGGUGCUUGAGCUUCUUGCCCGGUUCGCAUCGCUGGGCGCCCGUGGACAAGAGGCUGGUGCGCAAGGCGGGCGGCGCGGGCACGGAGAUUGUUGAUAAUGACGGGCUCAAGUUUCCUCCUGGAGAGGAGUAUGGCGGGGAGAAGCUGGGCGGGGAGUACAUUCCUGGUGAGGUCAAGGCGGGCGAUUUGGUGUUGAUCCAUGGCAACAUGCUGCAUAAGAGCGAGAGGAACACGAGUCCAAAGGGGAGAAUCAUUUACACGUUUCACAUCAUUGAGGGCGAGGGGAGGACGUAUGAUGAGAGGAAUUGGCUGCAGCCCCCCGAGGAGGGCUUCACCAAGUUGUUUGUCUAG